ACAAUAAUUACACAUGUGUCUCCUGUGUUAACACGCAGCUAGUGUUAUAACAAUAAUUACACAUGUGUCUCCUGUGUUAACAUGCAGCUAGUGUUAUAACAAUAAUUACACAUGUGCCCCCUGUGCUGACACGCAGCUAGUAUAAACACAGUAAUUACCCAUGGUAGUGUGCAUAAGAACAGACACAAUAAUCUAUGUACAAGUUUGUGGUCUUCUACUGCCCAUAUUUUAGCUUUAACUCGAAAAAGGUUCAUCAUGAACACAUGGUUAGCACGAUCAAGAAGUUUUCUCAUCUUUUCCCACGCCUUUACACAUAUUCCCAUGAUACAAUUACUCUCGUGAACGGUUCCUCCUCUCGUGAAGUACAGUUUCUUACAUUUACAAAAGUGCACGGAAUUCUCCUCCUCUAAAUUUUGAUAAUUAGCCAUCUUGACUAUGGCUACCCUUGUUAAAAACCGAAUAAAACCAUACAUUUUCUUCCACGUUAUCAAGAACAAUGAUCUGUUUAAAAUCUCGUUCCAGGACGGUAUAUAUUGCUCGAGGUAGUCUGUGCUAUCCCCCUUCCAUACGCAUGCUUUCACUUCACAAGUAUCAAAACCUCCACCUUAUAUUUGUAGGCAAAUUCCUUAAUCAAUCGUAAAUAAAAAGUCCAAUGUUGACCUCCCAAACCACAUCCGAUUUAUAAGGAAAUGUGAUGGAUUUAAUUCCCAUAACUCCAAUACAUUCUAAACAUUGUUCAAACCACUUUGUUCUGUUUUCCGAACUGUCAGUAUAAGGUGCUAUUUUACGAUAAUGAUUCCAAGCUCGACCAAAGUCCCAUUAAGCUAAGAGACAUAUAACCUUAAAACUUUUCAAUAAAGGAUCUUCGUAACAUGUGAUCGUCUCAAGUACUCCUCGAUCUUUUUCAACUGCAAGAUUUCUUCCAUUGACAGAUGAUCGCUUUGAGUAUAUAUCUGACCAGGGAAAUUGUGUACCAAUCUGAUGUGAAAGUCCGUGGGAACGAACUGCUGAACAAUUCACUAUACAUUGAUAUUGCAACGGUCAUCUCCGUCACAAGGCAUCCAGUGCCGCAAACGACACCUACCCAGGCCACAACACCCUUAUGAAGACCCAUUACCACAACGGAGGUAACCUCAGCAAGACACACCAUCCCAUCGAAUGCGUUUUCCUUUGCAUUACCAUCCUUUCAUACUUCAACAGCAUCAUCAACGCCAAUUUUGUCUGGUGGACCAUCAAUGAGCGGAGAUAACAACUAUUUGAAGACUAUUUCUGCUCAGUUGAAUGGUGUACAAGCAACUGUAAAUAUUCUGAGGCAGGAUUUGUCCCUUGCAAAUACGAAGUUGGACGCAGCAAACAGAAGACUCCUGCGCCUUGAGACCUUAAUCAAAGGAGGAGAUCAGGAAGCUUGCAGACUUGAGAUAAGGGAGCAGGCACCACCAGGAGAGGAUUUAAACAGAAUCCCGGAAGACUUGCGGAUCGAGGAAACCAUUGUAUCUGCCUUAAAGAGCGAAGCCAACAACCCCGGUCAUUUUACCUGUUUGCUUUUGAAGAAGAUGUUUGCUGGUUUGUUCUUGACUGGGCAGAGAUCUGAAUACAACUGGUUCGGUGGUGGCCAGAAAGGGAAAAAGGACUUAGACGCAAGAAAGAAAAAGGCGAUCGAAAUCUACGUGGUGCAUUAUUAUCAUGAAGUAAAAAAUACGGCCGCUUGGAGGGACCGUGUAGUGGCUAGGAUUAACUAGUGUUUACGAAGACCUAGGAGAGGACACAUAGAAAUCGUCAAUCUAACAGAAGAGGGGAAUAUAGUGCAACACCCCCCCCAUCAACUGUCCAACAAACUUCAGUGGAACCUGGAGAAGAUUCCGACGAGGAAGAGUACGUUACUGGACCGCUUCGUGCUCUUGCUUUUGCGGACAUUUAAAUGAAGCGAAAGUUGUGUAAAAUCUGCAUUGUGUAUAAAUAAACGGACAUUUUGUAUGUGUUGAACAUAGAAAGUAUACAUGUAUGUUGCUUAGUCAAGUUAUCUUCAAUGUGCAAUGUAUUGAUCUAUAGUGCACAAAGGUUAAAGAAAGAAAUUAUUCGUUAUUAUUAGUAUAUGCUAAUUUGAUCAAUUUCAAUAAAUCUCUUGUAAAUAUGUUCUAUUUCA